AUGCAGAGCUAUUCUCUGUCAUCCGCGCCUCCUCCGGGCCCGAAGAACUACGUCUUUGUCGAUGAGCAUAACCGACAUAAGCGGCUCAAGGUGAUGAGAGCCUGUGAGGGAUGUCGUCGCCGGAAAAUCAAGUGUGACUCCGCCACAACCAACACUUGGCCCUGCGCCGCCUGUGUUCGGUUGAAGCUCCAGUGCGUCCCCCCGGCCGGAGGACUCGACGGUGACGUGGGAGAUAGUGUGCCUGGCAGUGUGGGCGAAGAGACGGGCGGACUGCCAUCAUACUUGGCCGCAUCAGCCGCACCCGGCCAGCAGCAUGCCCAGAAUUAUGCGCCCACCGCGCCCGCCUUCCAACUCAACCAAGGAAACCCAUACUCGUACGAUGCGUACGUUACCAACUACCAGAAGCCCUCGUUUCAAGUCGCCGAAAAGUCCUACGACAGCUUCUACCCGGAUGCCCAGCAAUUUUCAGGGACGCUACAUGACCCCUAUCAGGAUGCUGCGCAAACCUAUGCGCAGACCCAAUAUGACGAGAACUCUCUCAGACAAGAGCGGGCUGGGUCGUCCCCGGUCGAUCAGUUCACGGCCGAAGAUCUUAUGGAGCACCUUGGUCAGUUGAAGAUUGGGGAGAGCGGAGUGGCGCCCUAUAUUCGAUCCGAGAAAAGCAGCAAAGAACUAGACCCCCCGAUUCAGGAACCCGACCCAGAGCCGAAGAUUGCUGCGGCCUUUAGUACCGAUGCGGGAUCUCAGAUCAGAAUUCCUCCGGCUCUGAUGCCGUCGCACGAGGAGGCGAUGCAAGCCUUUGAGACGUACUUCGCCAAUGUACACCCCUACGUCCCGGUGUUGAAUAGGUCUCAAUUCUACGACCAGUGGCAUCAUGAUCAAGCAUCCAUUUCUCCUCUUAUCCUGGAGGCGGUUUUCGCCAAUGCCGGUCGACUGUCUGACGAUCCCGCUCAGGGCGCACAGUGGCUCGCGCUGGCCAACAGAGAACACGAACCAUUCUUUCUGGAUAGUCCACGGCUGAGCAAUCUCCAGGCCUUGUUGCUUCUGCUCAAAGCCCGGGAGAGUGCACCCAAAAGAGGAUACUACUAUCGUUCAUGGAUGACGUGCAAGACGGCCAUCACCAUGGCCAAAGAUCUCGAAUUGCACCUACACUAUGACAUCCACUCUCUCGGGGAGUCAUGUGAUUCGGACCCGGUCGAGUGCUUGACCAAGACUCGAAUUUGGCAGACCCUUCUGGUUUGUGAGACCAUGGUCGGAGGCCCGCAAGGACGGACUGAUUUCGGCGUCGACCCGAAUUCCGUCGAUAUCAGCGAGAACCCGCCCGGUUCAGAGAUGGACGACUACGAAAGGUCGAUUUCGAGACAAUUUGCAUAUUUCGUCCGCAACGUCCGAAACAUCCGCCUCCUCACGGAUGUUCACCGCAAAUUGCAACGGAAGAAGGACUGGGCUCUGGAUAAAGAAUUCGUGGCAUAUAACGCCUCCUUUCAGAAAUGGCCCGAUGAGCUCCCGCCCGACUUACAGCUCCCACUGCCGCCCAACGGUGCAACGCCCAAUGUGACUUCACACUUUCUGGGCAACAUGCAUUCUCACUAUCAUCUGGCAAUUGUGAUGCUGCAUCGGCCACAGCUGUCGGCCUCUCAACCCUCUCAAUCAUUUGCUGCUGACAGCAAGUGGAGACACCACAUGAGCCUCUGUUACGACUCGGCCAAGAUCCUUUGUCGCUUACAGGAAGGAAUCCUGGAGAACUUCGACCUGACGGGAUUGCUGGUCAUGCAACGAGGGAUCAAUUUCACCAUUUACGCCAUCUUGACCUGCAUCAUGAUCCAUCUGGUUGCGCUCUCGUCGCCGGAUCCAGAGUUCAAUUUCGAAGCAAAGGACUACUUUGUGCGACAGAUGAGGAUUCUCGAGCGAUGCGUCUUGGCCUGGCCCAUGCCAGAGACCGAAGCUCAAAUCAAUGCUCUUCGAGCGGCAUUCUCGGCCGACGUCAACAAGCCUUUCGAGCUGAAGGAGUCCUUCCCUCACGGGACGCCGUCUGAAAAUUCGCGGCCCUCUCCUGUGUCUCCACCGUCCUACGACAGGCAACAGCCGCCGAUGCAGUCACAGGGCUCGAAGCUGGUCGAUCACCAACAAUCUCAACAGCAGCAGCAAGCACAGCCCGGAUCCUACGCGGCCCAGCACCUAGGCCAGAUGACGCGCCAGGCUCCAUACCUCGCCACUCCGCCGGUCUCGGUCUAUACAGCCGAUUCCAAACCUCCGACACCCUUAUAUGGUCAGAGCUACGAACUUGAACAGACUACUUACUCGAGCAUCCCGAGUUCCGCGGGUGGAUACUAUCAGCAGCCGACGUCGGCGACCGACAUCCCGUGGAAUCCAACACCGAUCAUGGAUCAGUUCGACACCGCCUUCGCCAUUCCCCCAUCGGCGCUGGCCCCGCCUCCGUCUCUGUACGGGGGUAGCGGAGCGUCACCGCCGGGGAAUAUGCAUUCCAUGCAAGCCAGCUUCACCUCGACGAGCUCCCCCACUUACGGGAGCACUACGCUGCCGAGUUACACACCCCAACAGCAACAGACGCAGCAGCAACAACAACAACAACAUUACUUUUCCGCAGCACAACAGUCGUAUCAGGACACGUCGCCGCAAAUGGGGACGAGCUCGCAGCUGUCGAUGUCUGCCGGGACUGCGUACGCCACAGCGGGUGUGGGAGGGGCGGCUAUGCUCGUGACCCCACAACAGUGGCAGCAGAGCGUGGCCAAUGUGAUUGAUGCAGGCAGGUUAAAGAGGAGGUGGGAUUACACUUGA